AUGACCGACGGCUACCCAGAGGAGGCUCAGCCCGAUUUGCGCUCGUAUUUGUCGACCGGAAUCCUACCGAUGUUUAACAUGAAGUCCUUUCACUCGAGUUUCAUAUCAUUCGUGUUUGACUUCAAGGGUCCGUCGAUGAUAGUGGACACCGCCUGCUCCGGGUCGGGCACUGCCUUUUGUCUGGCUAUGAACGACCUACGGCUUGGUCACAUCGACAACGCCAUCGUGUGCGGCACACACAUGACGUUCGAGCCUUUUCUACUGCAAAUGUCUCAGGAGUUGGGGAUUUGCUCGCCCCGGGGGGUGUCGGCAGUACUGGACGAGGGGGCCGACGGGUACGUGAAGGGGGAGGUCGUGUGCGCAGUGUUUCUACAGAGGCGUGAAAUGGCGCGUCGAGUGUACGCCAGUGUGCGGUCGGCCCGCAUGAACAUUGACGGCCAUAAGACGGGCGGUAUGUUUAUGCCGUUAUCCGAGUCACAGGAGGAGCUCAUGGUUGACACCUAUAAGGAGGCUAAUGUCGACCCCCUAGAACUUACUUAUUUUGAGGCUCAUUGUACUGGAACCAAGGUUGGCGAUCCCUUAGAGGUAAAGGCAAUAUACAACGCUUACUGUAAAGGACCGGGACGUAAGGAACCACUGCCAUUGGGGGUAUUGAAAAGUAACAUGGGUCAUGCUGAGUCUGGGUCGGGGACGGCAUCCAUUAUAAAAGUGUUGAUAUCCUAUGAGAAUGACUGCAUUCCUCCCAAUCUUAAUAUGACUAAAAUGAAGGACGAGUGUGCGGUCUAUUGCCCACCACUGAUGCCUAUUGUUAAGUCAUACCCAUACAAACCAGGGUUGGCGGCUAUUAAUAACUUUGGUAUCGGAGGAGUGAAUGCACACAUAAUACUCGAACCCAACUAUAAGUUGUUAAGCAGUGAUGGCUUAAGAAUAGCACAAACUAUACCCAGAAUUGUCAACAUUUGCGGCCGAACUCAGCAAUCA